UCAACAUCUAUCUUCAACGAUACUAGCUAGUAGCGUUGGUGCUAUCGGCAGCAAAAUGUCGGAACAACAAGAAGAGAAUUUGGAGCUGACGUCGACCACGGCUCCGGGACAAACCUUUCCGACCCGGACGGCUCUGGCCGAACACUACAAGACGGAUUGGCACAAGUACAAUCUUAAACGACGACAGGCUAAUCUUCCCGUCCUGCUUGAACCGGAUUUCCAAGCCCGUCUGGAAGCGGCCAAGGCGCUACAGCAAACCAAGCAAGUCGGCACGAAUCAUCUGAAACAGAACAGCAAAAGUAACAAGCAGAGGAACAGUAACAGAGAUGCUGCUAAAAAUGGUGUAGUUCAGGUACCGCAAGCAUCCGCCUACCAUCGAAUAAAGGAAGAAGAAUUACAGAAUCAGAACCACAAAAAUCAAAUGGAACUCGAGACUCCGAUAGGUGCAACGGCCGCAGAAUUAGCCUUGGCCGAUACGAUGGAACCGGAGACGGUUGCCCAGCUAGCGGCGGAAGCUUUGGUCGAAAUUGAACCCCGCCAGUGUUUAUUUGAUCCACACAUGUCGCCCUCGGUGGAAGCCAAUGUAGAUCGAAUGAGUCGAAAGUACGGAUUUUUCGUGCCCGAUCGGGAGUACCUGACGGAUUUGGAAGGACUCGUGGGAUACUGUCAAGAAAAGAUCAAACUCGGUCACGUUUGUAUUUACUGUCAACGUGUGUUUACAACCUGGCAGGGCUGCCAAAAACACAUGAUAGCAACGCGGCAUUGCAAGGUGCGCUACGAGCCCAACGUGGACUUGGAAGAGUACGCUGUCUUUUACGACUUUACCGCAGCCGACAAUGACUUUCUGGGACGGAUCAAGAAAAACGCGAGUAACGCUAAUGCGCACGAUUUGAAAGAGGAGAUGGAAGUAGAUGAUACAGUCGGUAUCAAAGACGAAGACGACUGGGAAGAUGUAUCGGAGGAUGAAGAGGAAGCGGAAAAUGAGGACAUGAAUGCUGUUGACGAUGAAGACGAGGCGAUGUACAAUGGAUACGAGGAGGAAAUUCAUGGUAUGGGAUUUGGUGUCACACCACUUGGUGAACUGAUCUUUCCGGACGGUCGCAUCAUCGGCCAUCGUGCGCUGCGUCGCUACUACAAACAGAGACCGGUGAUGCCCAACCAGAGUACUGCUGUGGUUGCUGCGCGACACGCCGCUGGUGAAAGACUGUAUCGUGGUCGUGUCUACAACAUUGGCGGCGAAACAGCUUCGACAAACACAAACACCACGGAAGAUGCCUUGGCCUUUCGUCAGGCGGGUAUUGCACCCGGAUUGGCGGCGGGCCGAGCCGGUAAGGGCAUUCUUGUAGCUAGCAAUGCCGGGGCAUUUAGUCAAGUUUCAGUGUACCGAUAUCGUGCCGCCAUUCGUAAGCAAAGACGCGGCAAUGAUGAGGGACAUCGACUGUGGAACAAGAGCAACCAAAACAUUAAUCGAAUGGACAAGAAGCACAAUCGUCUCAUGAACGGUGUAAGCGUAGCACACGCGGCGCGUUAGACAAAAGCAAAGUUGCUCGACU